GGCAGUGGGGACAUGGAGGAGCGGCAGUGGCGGCACCGCGGGUCCCCGGCCUCCGCCAACCGGCCCCACUAAACGGCGGGGUGAUCGCCCCGGCCUCGGGUACCCACAGCCCGACUAGCGAAGCGGCCGCGCCCGGGCGGGGAUGGCGCCGCGCUGUCGGCGCUCCUGGCUCAGCGUGUUGUUGGGCCUAGUGCUCGGCUUCGGCCUCGCCUCCUGGUUGGUGCUGCCCCGGGCCACAAUGCCGGGGCGGGCGGUGCGCCAGCGGGAGAGGGCCGGGUGCGGGCAGUUAGCGGGGUCUGCAGGCGGGGAGGAGGAUGAGCGGCCCGCCGCCUCCCGCUUCAUGUACGUGGGGGUGAUGAGCGCCAAGAAGUACCUGAGGAGCCGGGCGCUGGCGGCCUACGGCACCUGGGCCCGACACAUCCCCGGCCGCGUCGAGUUCUUCUCCAGCGAGGGCUCAGACCUCAGCCUGCCGCUGCCGCUCGUCGCCCUGCCCGGCGUGGACGACACCUACCCGCCGCAGAAGAAGUCCUUCCUGAUGCUCAAGUACAUGGGCGAGCGGCACCUGCAGCACUUCGAGUGGUUCGUGCGGGCCGACGACGACACAUACAUCCGCGGCGAGAGGCUGGAGCGCUUCCUACGGGGCCUCAACAGCAGCCAGCCGCUGUACCUGGGCCAGACCGGCCUCGGCGCGCCCGAGGAGAUGGGCAAGCUAGCGCUGGAGCCGGGCGAGAACUUCUGCAUGGGUGGCCCGGGCGUGGUGCUGAGCCGUGAGCUGCUGCGCCGGGUGCUGCCUCACAUCGGCCAGUGUCUGCGGGAGAUGUACACCACACAUGAGGACCUGGAGCUCGGCCGCUGUGUUCGCAGAGUCGCCGGCGUUCAAUGCGCCUGGUCGUAUGAGAUGCAACAGCUAUUUUAUGAAAACUAUGAACAGAAUAAAAAAGGUUAUAUCCAGGACCUCCACAACACCAAGAUCCGGCGUGCAAUCACGCUACAUCCAAACAAGAGCCCCGAAUAUCAAUACCGCCUCCACCGCUACAUGCUGAGCCACCGGAUGUCUGAGUUUCGUCACCGCACCAUACUGCUUCACCGGGAGGUGGCACUCAUGGGCAAGUACACCAACACUGAGCUUCACCCAGAUGACAUCCAGUUGGGAAUUCCACCUUCCUUUAUGCGCUUCCAGCCUGGGAACAGGGACGAGGUUCUGGAAUGGGACUUCCUGACGGGGAAACACCUUUAUUCGGCUUUUGAUGGAGAGCCGCCAAGAAAGGGGAUGGAUCUGUCUCAAAAAGAAGCUUUAGAUGACAUCAUCAUGCAGUUGAUGGAAAUGAUUAAUGCCAACGCCAAAUCUAGAGGCCGCAUUAUUGACUUCAAAGAAAUUCAGUAUGGCUACAGAAGGGUUAACCCUAUGUAUGGGGCAGAGUAUGUACUUGACCUGCUCCUUCUCUACAAAAAGCACAAGGGCAAGAAGAUGACUGUCCCUGUAAGAAGACAUGCUUAUCUGCAACAAACAUUCAGCAAGGUCCAGUUUUAUGAGAGUGAAGAGAUUGAUGCUGCAGACUUGGCCAACCAAAUUAACAGGAACUCACAAUCUCUCUCCAUCCUCUCAAACCCACUCCAAAUAUUUGUCCCCUUCCAACUUGGAGCCAGUAAUGUUGAACAUAAGCCCAAAGAUCAGAAAAUCAACGUCUUGGUCCCUCUGUCUGGUCGCUAUGAAAUGUUUGUGAGAUUCAUGGAAAACUUUGAAAGGACUUGUCUGAUUACAAAUCAAAAUGUCAGGUUAGUUAUAUUGCUACUCAAUUCCGAUUCAAAUCCAGACAAAAUAAAACAAUUUGAGUUGACAAGAGAUUAUCAGGUGAAAUAUCCCAAAGCAGAGAUCCAGGUCCGGGCAGUUCUGGGGCAGUUUUCAAGAGCUCUUGCUCUGCACCUUGGAGCUGCCCAGUUUAGCAAUGACUCCCUACUUCUGUUUUGUGAUGUUGACUUGAUCUUUACGGUGGAUUUUCUGCAGCGUUGCAGAACUAAUACUGUGCCAGGGAAGCAAGUAUAUUUUCCAAUUAUCUUUACCCAGUUUGACCCCAAGAUUGUACAUGCUGGCAAACCUCCCAGUGACAACAAUUCUGCUUUUACAAUGAAGACUGGAUUCUGGAGACACUAUGGCUUUGGGAUCACAUGUGUUUACAAAAGUGAUCUUUUAUUUGCUGGUGGGUUCAACAUCUCGAUCCAGGGCUGGGGAAUGGAGGAUGUAGAUCUCUACAACAAAGUCAUUCAGGUUGGUUUAAAACCAUUCAGGAGUCAAGAAGUUGGAAUCAUUCAUAUCCAUCAUCCAAUCUACUGUGACCCAAAUUUGGAACCUAAUCAAUACAAAAUGUGCUUGGCGUCGCGAGCAUCGACAUAUAGUUCCACGCAGCAGCUAGCCGAGCUGUGGCUGGAGAGGCAGCGGCCCAGUCCCAGCAACAUCAGCACACUUGAUAGUUCAAAGAGGACAGCAUAAUAUCCAGCUCGGCUGGAGAACUUCAUAAUUUAUUUUUUAAUGUUUUUUAUAAAGUAAAUUGAUUAUAUUGUAAAUAAAUGUUUUACAGAUAAGACAUUUUACUUUGAAUAAAGGAGCGUUGUGGCCACACAGGGGCUGUUUAAUAUCGUGGUGAAUGGUGGGAUGAUUUAUACCCGCAGCACAUUUACAGUGCUCCUGGUCGAGGAGCAGGGGGGUAAAAUCAUGGCCGUCCAGCUCCCCGAGAUUACAACAUCCAACUCUCAUGUGAAUGAAACACAGUGCUGGAGUAACUUGGCACAUCAGGCAGCAUUUGUGGAGGCAGUGGACAGGUGCCGCUUCGGGUCAGGACUGUACUCCAGACUUCCAUCCAUUUGUCAACUAACAUCUGGUCCCAAACAAAAGCGUUAAUUGUUCAUUCCCACCACAGAUGUUGCCUAACCUGCUGAGCUACUCGAGCACUUUGUAUUUUGCUCAAGAUUUCAGUAUCUGCAGUUACUUGUAUCUCCAUUUAUAAUGUGAAUAAUUUGGCCAUGAUAAUUAUAUUUCUGAAAGGAUUUAAGCCCCUUUAAUAUUGAAGGACUAUUGCACAUCGACUUGGUUGUUACUCCAUUACUUUAAUUUAACUUUUAAUCAAUUAGCUAAUGUAUCUGGACUUAAUUCAGUUGUUAACCUUGUUACUUUUUGUCAUAAUGUAUAGAUUUUAGAUGCCAACAGUGAAACAAUGACUAAGUUAUAAUUUGUUUAUUCAUCAAGUGUUGUGUAAAUUUAGCAGGCUAUGGAUUUUUAUGGAGGUGAUUGGUGGCCAUCUUCUCCACUAAAUGGUUUAAUUUCAUUGCUGUGAUUCACCGUCUUGUCCUAUCGCCUUACAUUGUUUUGGGUCCACUUUUGCAGUAUCUUCAUUUUAUUGUGUUGCAUAUACAGGCCUUUCUAAAGUCUAUGCUUUCAUCUCCUGCCCAAUCCUUCCUCCACAAAGUAAGUUUCUCCAUUCAUGUUGUACACUUAUUUGAGCCAUAGAUCUAGAACAUAGGGGUUUUAACCCUUUUGUAAUGUUUGCUUAGAAAAUGCUGGUUAAUCCUUUAAAAUAUUGAGACGGGAUCCAGACCCCAACACUCCAUCCUAAUCCAAAAGUGUAGAUCUUGGACUUUAGUUAACACAGAGACAACCUGGCUGCUCAACACCCGGCUUGAGAUCUAACUAUUCCUUUGGUUUAUGUUUCAUUUGCAAGAAGAAGAAGGGCUUUAGUUUGGUCACAAAAUAGUUCAGAAGAGAAUGGACCAUAUUUUCUUUGGGAUCACUGGCACAUCUUGAUGUGCAUUACCACCAGAGCUGGCCUUUGGCUUGCCUUGCCAAGCCAGCCCAUUACAAUCGAUCAUGCAUUGGUGCUUGGUUUUGAAAAUUCUACCUCGUAGUCUGGCUCUUCCACUCGGUCAAUUGUUGUCUGAUCCAGUACUUCAAAGCUCCAUUCCUGAUCAUCAAUCCCUUCUCAUGGAUGGUGCCAAUCCAUCUUGCAUUCCAAGGAUUUUAUUUGACUCCAAAUUAACUCCCUCCCCGAGGCAUCUGUUCAUGUAUGUGCUGUUCGUUUACUGUAAGCUGAAGUAGCCAUUUAAAUUUAUGGGCUGCUUUAUUAAAGCUAGUGUUAAAGGAAAA